UAUCGAGUAUGUACUUGUAUUUACUCGUAUCAUUUCAUUCCUAACUGCGCUUAUUAUUUAGACGAUUUUAAUUUGUUUUUUUUUUUGGAUAAUUAUCACUAAAAAUCAUGGCCUAUGUUGACGAUUUAUUUGAUUGUUUUAAUGAGGAUAAUGAUGAAAGCUUAAAUUCCAAUCCAGUUGUAGAAUGGGAUAAAGUUAAAAAAGAUCCUUCGGAAGAAAAAAAAAUUCAAGGCCGUGAAAAGCGUGGAAGUACGGCCGUUAAAGAAUCAACAGAUGGUUGCGAAGCUCCACAAAAACGUUUAAAAGAAACAGAGUCGAUAUUGGAUGAUAUAUGCAUAGACGCAUUGCGUUCUCGUAUCGCAGUCCACGUUAUCGAAAGUCCGGAGUCAUGCACGCACGAGGUGGCGGUGUAUCCAGGGCAGGAAUAUAUUCCUAUACAAACCUUCAUGGGAACACCAGCAAAAGAGUAUCCAUUUGUAUUGGAUCCCUUUCAAAAAGAAGCAAUCCUUUGCAUUGAUAAUCAACAGAGCGUUCUGGUGUCAGCUCACACCUCGGCAGGCAAAACGGUAGUUGCCGAGUAUGCUAUUGCGAAAUCCCUGGGUUGCAAACAGCGUGUGAUUUAUACCACACCAAUUAAAGCGCUCUCCAAUCAAAAGUAUCGUGAAUUUAAUGAAGAAUUCAAAGAUGUUGGCUUAGUUACCGGUGAUGUGACAAUAAAUCCGUCAGCUUCUUGUCUUAUCAUGACCACUGAAAUUUUGCGAAAUAUGUUGUAUAGAGGAAGUGAAAUUAUGCGUGAAGUCGGUUGGGUCGUAUUCGACGAAAUUCACUAUAUGCGGGAUAAGGAACGUGGUGUCGUAUGGGAGGAGACACUUAUAUUGCUACCGGAUAAUGUGCGUUAUGUGUUUCUUUCCGCUACCAUUCCCAAUGCCCGCCAAUUUGCGGAAUGGGUUUGCCAUCUCCACAAGCAACCAUGCCACGUGGUUUAUACAGAUUAUCGACCAACCCCGCUACAACAUUAUAUAUUUCCUGCUGGAGGCGAUGGCAUCCAUCUUAUAGUUGACGAAAAAGGGCAAUUUAAGGAAGAAAAUUUUACAACGGCAAUGGCAGUUUUGCAGAACACUGGCGAAGCUGCAAAAGGCGAUCAGAGAGGGCGUAAAACCGGCAUUAGAGGGGUUGACAGUGGCCAGUCAAAUAUUUUCAAAAUUGUCAAAAUGAUAAUGGAACGAAAUUUUGCACCAGUAAUAAUUUUUUCAUUCAGUAAAAAAGAUUGUGAAAUAUAUGCUAUGCAAAUGGCUAAGCUGGAUUUUAAUACUGCUGAAGAGAAAAAACUGGUAGAUGAAGUAUUUAAUAAUGCCAUGGAUGUGCUCUCUGAAGAAGAUCGUCAGUUACCACAAGUAGAAAAUGUAUUACCGUUGUUAAAACGUGGCAUUGGUAUACAUCAUGGAGGUCUUUUACCAAUUCUCAAAGAAAUUAUUGAAAUUUUGUUUGGAGAAGGUUUACUUAAGGCACUUUUCGCCACAGAAACUUUCGCAAUGGGCUUAAAUAUGCCAGCUCGCACUGUACUUUUUACAGCACCACGCAAAUUUGACGGCAAAAGUUUUAGGUGGAUUUCCUCAGGCGAAUACAUACAGAUGGCCGGCCGAGCUGGCAGACGUGGCUUGGAUGAUAAAGGUAUCGUUAUUUUAAUGAUUGACGAAAAAGUAUCGCCAGCAAUUGGCCGCGGAAUCGUGCAAGGAAAAGCAGAUCCAAUAAAUUCAGCAUUUCAUUUAACCUAUAAUAUGGUGUUGAAUCUGCUGCGCGUAGAAGAAAUUAAUCCUGAAUACAUGUUAGAACGUUCAUUUUUUCAGUUUCAAAACCAAUCUUCAAUACCUGAACUUUACAAACAAGUUCAAGACAAGCAACUUGAGUUGGAAAAGAUUAAAAUAACCGAAGAGCAUAGUGUUGCAUCGUAUCAUCAUAUACGCAAACAACUCGAUUCCCUUGGCAAGCAGUUCAAAAAUUGGAUUACGAAACCUGAAUAUCUAGUACCAUUUUUGCAACCAGGACGUCUCAUAAAAGUACAAAACGACAGAGAGGAGUUUGAUUGGGGUAUAGUAGUAAAUUUCAAAAAACAAACAAAUAAUGCAAAAAAUCCCACGAAAGUUGAGACAGUCAUAGUAGUAGAUGUUUUACUACAUGUUACUGAGGAAUCUGCCAAAGCCGAUGAACCUAAACCGUGCAAGCCAGACCAAAAAGGCAACAUGGAAGUGGUUCCUGUUCUUCACACUCUUAUAUCACAGAUUUCUUCUUUGCGUGUAUAUUAUCCAAACGACUUGCGUCCGGCAGACAAUCGCAGAAGUGUUCUUAAAACAAUUGCUGAGGUUAAAAAACGAUUUCCUAAAGGCCCACCGCUUCUUAAUCCUAUAACAGAAAUGAAUAUAAAAAAUCCAGAAUUCAAAGAGAUUGUCGGUUCUAUUGAUAAGUUCGAAGAAAGACUUUUCGCACAUCCCUUGCAUAACUCUGCUGAACUGGACAGGAUUUACGAACAUUAUACGAAAAAACUAAAAGUCCAAGAUGAAUUGAAAUCGGUAAAAACUAAAUUAAAAGAGGCGCGCAGUUUGCUACAAAUGGACGAGUUGAAACACCGUAAACGUGUUUUGCGUCGAAUGGAAUAUUGUACAACAGCCGAUGUGAUCGAGUUUAAGGGACGUGUUGCUUGCGAGUUAAGUUCUGCAGAUGAGUUACUUUUAACAGAAAUGAUAUUCAACGGAAUAUUCAAUGAAAUUUCAUCGGCCCAGUCAGUAGCAUUACUUUCAUGUUUCGUCUGCGAUGAAAAGUCGUCAGAAACUCCCAAGGCAACGGAAGAGUUGUCGGGCCCAUUACGGUCAAUGCAAGAUCUGGCCCGACGUAUUGCCAAAAUAUCUACUGAUUGCAAGUUAACCGUGGACGAGGAAGCGUAUGUAGACAAAUUUAAACCAUUUCUAAUGGACUGUGUAUUGGCUUGGUGCAAAGGUGCUUCAUUCUUGAGCGUGUGUAGGAUGACGGAUAUUUUCGAAGGUUCAAUUAUUCGCUGUAUGCGUCGCCUGGAAGAAUUGCUACGACAGCUAUGCCAAGCAGCAAAAACAAUCGGAAACACAGAUUUGGAGAACAAGUUUUCUGAGGGCGUACGGCUUCUAAAAAGGGAUAUUGUUUUUGCGGCAUCUCUUUAUUUGUAAAUGCCAGACAUAUGUAUGUAUAUAUAUACCAUGAGUCAAUAAUUAUUAAUUUAUUCAACCUCAUUGCGACAGUCGUGUCGAAUGCAAGUCGUUUUUCAAGAGUCGAAUCGUAUCGAAAAUUUCAUGUCAUUGCCUAAAAUUUCGACUCGACUAGUGUAUUAAAACGGAAAAACUUGGCAGCACUGCACAUUUUUCGACGAUUUUCGUCGUUUACUUAUUUCAACAUGCCAGUAGACAAUACCAAUGUUGUCGAGUAGUAUAAUUUAUCCUAAUUUACGACUUACACAAUGAGGCUGAUUAUUGAAUCAUGUAUAUAUACUAAUUUUAAAAUUGGUGUUACAAACAUAACCUAAUUUUUUAAAAUGAUUUAAAACAAACAUACUAUACUUCAAAGAAUGUACAUGUAUGCUCUUGUAUAUACAUAAAUAUUAAAAGUGUGAAUAAUUGGAUGA